AUGGUGAACACGGGGAUGCAGCUGAUCAGCUUCACCUGCGCGGUGACGGGCUGGAUCAUGGCCAUCGCCGUGACGGCGCUGCCGCAGUGGAAGGUGUCGGCGUUCAUCGGGAGCAACAUCCUGACGUCGGAGAUGAAGUGGGAGGGAAUCUGGAUGAACUGCGUGUACCAGACCACCGGACACAUGCAGUGCAAGACCUACGACUCCAUGCUGGCGCUGCCGCCCGACAUCCAGGCGGCGCGCGCCCUCAUGUGCCUCGCCAUCUUCUUGGGCUGGCUGUCCUGCACCGUGUCCUGCUGCGGCAUGAAGUGCACCACCUGCGCCGGCGACGACCGCCGCGCCAAGGCCGGCAUCGCGCUGGCCGGCGGCGUCUUCUUCAUCCUGACGGGGCUGUGCGUCCUCAUCCCCGUCUCCUGGACCGCCAACACCGUGGUGCAGGACUUCUACAACCCCAACGUUCCCAUCAUGCACAAGCGGGAGCUGGGCCAGGCCAUCUACCUGGGCUGGGCCGCCGCCGUCAUCCUGAUGAUCAGCGGCGCCGUCCUGAGCAGCACCUGCCCGCUGAUGGAGCGCGGCGGCCGCUACCGCCGAGGGUACAUCGGCCGGAGUUUCGCCAACUCGCCGGCGCCGGAGCCGCCGAAGCCCAUCGUCUCCAACAGCCUGCCGAUGAAGGAGUACGUGUAG